AUGACAUAUGGCCAGGGAUCUCGGGAAGCUACAAGAGAAGGUGCUUCGAGCAACGACCAGGGCGGGAAAACGCAGGGCCACGGAGGCUAUAUCUUUCUGGUGGGAAACCAGGGGGCCUCGUUACACCCCAUGCAAGAUGAGUCUGUGAAGCAGCGAAGCAGCUCAGGCCGUGCCCGGAAGGCUUCAGUGGGGAUUCGAGACCGACAGCGGAAAAGUUCAGCUGCUAACUCUGCCAGGGCCUAUCAACGAAGGAGGAGAUUUGUCCUGAAAAGAGGCCCCCUCCGGAUUGCAGUGAACGGCUCCUUCCUCGGCCUGCCCGUCCUGAAAGCUGAGGGGAAGGACGAGCUGAGGUGGAGACGCCUCUAUGAGGUCCAACGAGAGAGGAAACGCAUCAUGAGGGAGACUUGCGCCAAGUACAAGAGCAACAACAAAAGAGUCAUCACCCCUUAUCAUGUGUCCAGGAUAUUUGUGGAAGAUAAAUAUCGAAUUUUAUAUUGUGAAGUCCCUAAAGCUGGCUGCUCCAACUGGAAGAGAGUGCUCAUGGUUCUGAACGGACUGGCCUCCUCAACCAGGGUUAUUCAGCACAAUACCGUGCAUUACGGGAAUUAUCUGAAGAAGCUGGACAGUUUUGAUCACAAAGGGAUCAACUACAGGCUCAGUACUUACACGAAGAUGCUCUUUGUCCGGGAACCUUUUGAGAAGUUAGUGUCGGCAUUUCGAGACAAGUUUGAGCAUCCAAACAAUUAUUACCACCCCGUCUUUGGCAGGCCCAUUAUUUCCAAGUAUCGCCCCAAUGCCACCAAGGAGGCUCUGAGGACAGGCUCUGGGGUAGAGUUCAAAGAGUUCAUUCAGUAUCUUCUCGAUGUGCAUCGGCCGGUCGGCAUGGACAUCCACUGGGAUCACAUCAACAGGCUCUGUAGUCCGUGCUUAGUAGACUAUGACUUCAUUGGGAAGUUUGAAACCAUGGAAGAAGACGCUAAUUUUUUCCUCCAUUUGAUAAAUGCUCCCCAGAACUUAACUUUCCCUAGGUUUAAAGAUAGACAUUCCAAUGAAGAGAGGACAACCUCUCAGAUCACACAACAAUAUUUUACACAGCUUUCUCCUUCUCAAAGGCAGAGUAGUUAUGAUUUCUAUUAUAUGGAUUAUUUAAUGUUUAAUUACUCAAAGCCCUUUGAAGACCUUUAUUAAGUGGAGGUGACCUGUUGGUUGCAACCUUGUGGGGCUCCUCCUAUGC